GGGUAUAUUAUGUGAUUCAAAAGACGCGAGUGUAUUUGGUGCAUUCUUGCAAACUUAGAACACUCUCACGUCUGUCAGGUCAGAGUCAUUUACUUUCUCUCUCAUACCAUAGCGAUUCAACCGGAGUUCAAACUACAUUCGCAAAUGGUUUUAAUAGAAGAAAAGAUGAAUGGCGAAUUGCCCAAUGUGAAGACGUGGGUGAUAUUAUAUCCAGUAUACAUCAAUUCGAAGAAAACAAUUGCCGAAGGCCGCCGAAUUUGCACUACCAAAGCUUGCGAAAAUCCUACUUGCGAUGAAAUUGGUGAUUGCUGCAAAUUUCUCAAUCUUCCUUACCAUAAAGAGGCUGAGAAGGCGUAUCCAAGAGACUUUAUGCAGAGAGGGAGGGUGAGAGUAUUGCUAAAACAAGAAGAUGGGAGUUUGUGUAAUCCUGAGAUUUCGUCGAGAAAACAUUUGAUGUUGCGAAUCGCAGAAAUGGUACCUCGGCAUAUUGGAAGAACUACUAAGAAACAAGAAACUAGUAAGAAGCAAGAAACUAGUAAGAAGCAGGAUUCAGCCUCCAGCUCUAGUAAUGCACCUGCUAAAUCUGGCAAGGGUGGAAAGAAGAAAAAGUAAAUCUAAUUCUUUGCUUAAUCAGUUUUUGUUGUUCAACAUGACAUUAGAAAAAGAACUGUAAAUUGCCAGUUGACAUUGUUGUGUUCAACUGUGACGAGUAUUAGAAGUAUUGUGUUUCUUAUGCGGUGAUGAUACUGAGGGUAGUCCCCUUUUUUAAAUGGAAAUACUGAGGUUGAUCUUGGUUA